UGCCCUCCAGUCGCAUCAUUUGGCCCCCCAUUCCGUUUCGAACCCACCGAGCCGAAGCCGACGCAGAGAGAACUCGACGAGCGAACCACCACCAUGUAUCGCCAAGCCUCGCGUCUCCUGUUCCGAGCUUUGGGCGGUGGCCGGCCGGUCGGCCGGGCCUUCUCGACCAACGCCCCGGCGGUGCCGGUGGAAGACUCAGCGUUCGUGGAGGCGUGGAAGAAGGUGGCCCCCAACCUGGAUCCCCCGAAGACGCCGCUCUCCUUCAUGAAGCCUCGCCCACCCACCCCGUCCUCCAUUCCCUCCAAGCUCACCGUCAACUUCGUCCUCCCUUACCAAUCGGAGAUCUCCAACAAAGAGGUUGACAUGGUCAUUGUACCAGCAACAACAGGGCAAAUGGGUGUUUUGCCUGGACAUGUUGCCACCAUCGCAGAGCUCAAACCAGGGAUUCUUUCUGUGCAUGAUGGGAAUGAAGCGACCAAGUAUUUUGUCAGCAGUGGAUUUGCAUUCAUCCAUGCAAACUCCAUCACUGAUAUAGUAGCUGUUGAGGCUGUUCCUGUUGACCAUAUUGAUCCAAGCCUGGUCCAGAAAGGGCUUGCUGACUUUACACAGAAGCUUAGCUCAGCUACAACAGACUUGGAAAAGGCUGAAGCGCAGAUUGGGGUCGAUGUUCAUAGUGCACUCAAUGCUGCACUCACUGGUUGACUGAUGGAUGAUGUACCUAUCAGGAGGAAUUCUCUUGUUCAAAAGGGGAGAGAGAGAGAGAUCAAGAGAAAGUAGGGGAAUGUGUGAUUUAAUAAAUCUCUUCAUUUCCGUGGAAGUUAUACUUCAAUAUUAUUAGUACCUUAUUGUCUUCCUUGAAUUUUGUAAUGGCAGACGCCGUUCUAGCGGAGUUGUGUAAUUGUCAUGCAAUGUAUUGCGUGGUUGAUACUUCCAUGAACUUGAGACUGCUGAAUUAGCAGGAAUUCUGUGAUUGCUUUUUACAAUGACAUCCAGAUAUCCAACUCAUAAACUUAAACUUU